UGCGAGGGCGGAGAGAGAAGAAAGCGGGCGGCGGGGCGGGCCGCUGCCCCGGACUCGCCGGCACUCCGCCGGGCACGAGCGCGGAGCCGGACGCGGCGCUGGCCGCGCGGAGUAAGCUGUGAGUUUCACUACUCAGCCUGGAAAACGAUGCUACCUCUCUUCGAGGGAUGAAGGGAUCACGUGAGAUCUUUGGGAAGUGCUUCUCAGACUCCUUGCGCUGUGUUCAGAACAUUCCAGAACACUCAGUGAUGCAGGCCUGGCUCUAGAAUCCUCACUUACCUGCCUUCGGCUGUUGGGAGCCAUCUUGGAUGCUACAAAAUGAAGCGUCGUCGUUGUAGAACUUUCAGCACCAGUGACAGUUCAGACAGUGCUUCUACUUCUUUUAUUGGCUCAAGGUAUAGGAACAAGUCAAAAGUUCCAAAUGCACACGAGAAAUCUGCAGAGGUGUUCCGGAAGGACCUCAUCAGUGCCAUGAAGGUUUCGGAUUCUCAAUACAUUGAGCCUGACAGCUAUUACAUCUUUACUGAUACAUGGAAGGAAGAAUGGGAAAAAGGAGUCCAGGUGCCAGCCAAUCCGGACACACUUCCACAGCCAACCCUCAGGAUUAUCGCCGAUAAGGUCGAGGAUGUUCUAUUUACCCGCCCCCGGAAGUACAUCCAUUCCUCCAACUCCGAGGACUCGGAGCUGGGCUACGUGAACAUCACGGAGCAGGCGGCAGCCGUGUGCCGAUACGACCUGGACGAUAUGGACAUGUUCUGGCUGCAGUCCCUCAAUGAAGAGCUCGAGCAGAUGGGAUGUGAGCAAGUUGAUGAAAACCUGAUGGAGAAGACAAUCGAAGUCCUGGAACGUCAGUGCCAUGAAAACAUGAAACAUGCUAUCGCCACGGAGGAAGGGCUAGGCAUAGAGUAUGACGAAAAUGUGAUCUGUGAUGUGUGCCGGUCUCCUGACAGUGAAGAAGGGAAUGACAUGGUGUUCUGUGACAAGUGUAACAUCUGUGUGCACCAGGCUUGCUACGGCAUCCUCAAGGUGCCAGAAGGCAGCUGGCUGUGCCGCGCCUGUGUCGUGGGCGUGCCUGCGCAAUGCAUAUUUUGCCCAAAGAAAGGUGGAGCCAUGAAGUCCAACAAGACGGGGACUAAGUGGGCUCAUGUCAGCUGUGCCCUGUGGAUUCCAGAGGUCAGCAUUGGCUCCCCGGAACGGAUGGAACCAAUCACAAAGAUCUCCCACAUCCCACACAGCCGCUGGGGCUUAGUCUGUUACUUAUGCAAAGUGAAGACAGGGGCGUGCAUUCAGUGCUCCGUGAAGACAUGCAUCACCGCCUUCCACGUCACCUGCGCCUUCGAGCACAACCUGGAGAUGAAGACCAUCCUGGGCGAGGACGACGAAGUGAGAUUCAGGUCCUUCUGCCUCAAGCACAGCGAGAGCCGGCAGAAGCCCAGCGAUGCCGAGUCCACCCUCUGCCAGGCCCCGAGUGAGAAGACCAGCGUGCGCGCGCAGAAGCUGCAGGAGCUGGAGGAGGAGUUCUAUAACCUAGUCAAGGUGUCGGACGUGGCCACAGAACUGGGCAUGCCCACCCUCACGGUGGACCUGAUCUACAACUACUGGAAGCUGAAACGCAAGAGCAACUUCAAUAAGCCGCUGUUUCCACCGAAGGAGGAGGAGGAGAAGGGCUUACCCCAGCCGAAGGCGGAGGAUAUGCACUCCCGCAUGAGCAUGUUCAUGCACCUGCGGCAGGACCUGGAGCGGGUCCGCAAUCUGUGCUACAUGAUAACCAGACGAGAGAAGCUGAAGCUGUCACAAAACAAAACACAAGAGCAGAUCUUCGGCUUGCAAGUCCAGAUGCUUAACGAGGAAGCAGCCGAAGGAUCUCCUUUGAAAAAUGCACUAGAAUCCUCAUUGUUUUACCCACCACCGAGAAUUACCUUAAAGUUAAAAAUGCCCAGAUCAGCCCCGGAAGACUGCCGAAACAGCUCCGCAGAGACUGAUCAUGGACCCCUCUCUCCUGCCAGCAGCUCCCCUGCCCACAGCCUGGGGAGCGCGCCAGUGCCUCCGGAGUCACUAGAGAUGAGAGUGGAAUCCCACCCGAGGCACGCAGUAGAGAGCAGCAGCCACUGUUUCCCCAGCAGUCUGGGCCUUGUUAGGGGCGAAUCAGAGGAUCCCAGUCCGGCCUGGACGGCUUCCUCUCCGGAGGCCUACCAGGGGCACUCACUGGGGAAGCCCCUGGUCCUCCAUGCUGCCCUGCAUGGACAGUCCCUAAUGGGAAAUGGGGAAAAGCACUCGCACGAAUCAGAGGAUUCCAGUCCGGCCUGGACGGCUCCCUCUCCAGAGGCCUACCAGGGGCACUCACUGGGGAAGCCCCUGGUCCUCCAAGCUGCCCUGCAUGGACAGUCCCUAAUGGGAAAUGGGGAAAAGCACUCGCACGAAUCAGAGGAUUCCAGUCCGGCCUGGACGGCUCCCUCUCCGGAGGCCUACCAGGGGCACUCACUGGGGAAGCCCCUGGUCCUCCAAGCUGCCCUGCAUAGACAGUCCCUAAUGGGAAAUGGGGAAAAGCACUCGCACUCCACGCUUGCCAAAGCCAAUGGCCUGGAGACCAGCUGGUCCGGGGAUAGCUCCCCGAAAGACAGCUCCAGUGAGAUGUCAUGUGGCCAGGAGGCUGCGCUCAGCCCCCACCUGGCCAGUCAGGGCAGCUUCCAGAAACCUCUCGCGGAACACUUCGGCCAGUCCCCUAAGGAGUCCGCCACCUGGUGGGUGCGGACCGUGGACGGCCUCCAGAGCCGCAGGAAGCCCGCCAAGAGUGCUAGCCCCCGGGAGCAGGCCCGGGCCAAGCUGCUGGCCCGGCGCUCCGUAGAGAGGGCUCCCGAUCAGGAAAACGAUGGGUACUGCCCAGACCUGGAGCUGAGCGAUUCAGAAGCAGAAGGUGAUGGGAAUAAAGAGAAGGUCAGGGUCAAGAGAGAGGGCUCAGGCAGGGAGAAGCAGCCCCGCGACGCUAAGCGGGAUUGCAGUGGGAAAAGGAAGAAGCCACACCCCUUCUCCCACAGCUCAACGCACAGGUGACUCACAACUUCCAGGAACAGCUCCAUCCAUGCCUUCGCCUCAUGUGUCCUAGAAACCCCACACACCACAAGGAUUCUGGCACAUGUUGGAAAGGCAUUUGGGUGGAAAGAAUAAAAGCGUUUCCACAGUUAAUCGUUUCUGAACCAGUUUCUAGUUUGCAUAAGACAUUAGGAGAACUGCAGAUUGCCCCAGAGUUGUUUUGCCAGAGACUAUUGAGAACAGCUGGGCCCAGGGUAUUUAUUCGGUAAAUACUUGGAGGCGGCUUUCCAGUUAUAUCAACACGUUGAUGUGCAUAUGUGUUAAGAAUUCUCGCGUUGUUAAUACGUUUGCAAGAGACGGCGAUGAUCAGACACUAAAACCACUUAUCCUUUGAAGCCACAGCGUGGGACUCACAGAGCUGUCUGUGGGAGGUUUCUAACUCGACUGGCAUCUGAAAACCCUCAGGGAAAGACCAGGGACCAACAUCUCAGAUACUGUCAAAGCCACUGCCCUCUUCCUGUGCUCCGCACAUGGUUGAGCUCCUUUCAGAGGACCUUAACUGACCAGUUCACUACUACUAACUCGUCUUUGUGUCCAGUGCCUGUCCCCGCACCUGCUUGUCGGGGACACACUUGUAACCAUCUCACCCAGCUAACAAGCGUGAAAAGCUAACUUGUGGAUAGUGUUUACAAAAGUACUACUUCUGAGGAAGAUGCUCGGAUUCUGUGUGUGCAGGAGACCCCAGAGCCUUCCCCACAGUGAGAUCAUCUCUGGGGGAUCUGUACCAGGUCAGGGGUCUUGUGUUACUGUUUUCAAGUGAAUUUGACUUCCAUAAGGUUGGCUGAUAGUUUUUGUAUACCUGCUUUAAUGUUUAUAAAAAUUUUAUUGAGGUAUAAUUAAAAUAUAAAAGAGUGCACAGAGGUUAAGUAUUCUUACCUGCUUUAAUUUUGAAACAGAUUUUUAUUGUCAGACAAUUUGAGAGCAUGUGUUUAACACAUGGGUAUAAUUUAGCUUUGUACUAACUUGGAAUCGGAAUCCGUUUACUAAACAAAAAGGCCGGAGCCAUUUUUCAGAAGUUGCUUAUGUCGUGUUCCCAAACUAUCAUCUGGGGCGGGGAUAAGCGUGUCUGCUUCCCAUCUGAAGGAAGAGAAAACAUUACAAUUUUCAAAAUGUGAAGCCAACUCUAAUCCUCUGCUCUCUCUUCUUAGCCUUAACUUAAUAUUCUCUUUCUUCUGGUGUGGGGAAGUGUAAUGGGAAUUUUCAGACAAGAGAGGCCGCUGUAGAGUUUCCACAGUGAAGGAGUCCUGCUGGAGUAGGUGCCAGGCAGGCAGGCAGGCAGGGCCCUCAACACAGGGAAUGUGUCAGCGUCCUCUCCCCGCCUUUGUUCUCGUAGCCUUGUUAAUGGUUGUCUUUGCAUUUGUUUUUGCUUCGUUUGCUGAAAACUUCUGUAUUUUGCCCAAUCUUUGGUCAUACCUUCAACAUGUUUCUUUUGUGCCUGUGUACAUGUAUGAACAUGCCCUAGCAUGUAUGGGAGGUGUCCUGUAUUUUUGUUUGAAUGGAAAGAGCUACGAAUUGUCCAAAGGAGGAAUAGAAUCUCUCCUAUUUGUGCACUGGGUGUCUGCGCGCCUUUUUUCUUCGGUUCUCCUGGAUGGGUGCUGAUUUGACCUUUUCCGGGCAAUGACAUGACAGUGGAGCUGUGUCAAACUCCUUCUGUUAGAGGUCUUACAGCAGCCUGCGUCUCAUCAUACCUCUUACUGAUGAGAGCGUGGAAGGAAAGCAAACAUUGAAAAAGUGCUUCAGCCAAAAGCCCAUACAUAAUGCCAUUGGGAGAGUAUUAACUAAAAUCAUUUCAGUCAGGGAAAUACAGUUGUAAUAUUUUUACAGGAUUUUCCUAAGCAAAUGAAGGAGCCUCCAGUUGUGUAAAUUUCAAUUGCCCCAAAAUGUAUUUGCUACAUUUUGCUGUUGUUUGAAGUAUUACCUCUUAACCUUUUUUGUUCUUUUUUUUUUUUUUCAUUUUGUCUUAUAUAGUAGUCCAGCUUUCCAAGAUAAACUCGGUCUUUUUUCAAGUGUCACCUUUUUACCAAUACUUUUUCAUUAAAUUAUGAAAACUG